UUCUUCUUUAGGUUUCAGAGGAGUGUGUUGGAUCUCUCUUUACAGUGGAGAUUUGCCAGACUGCCCAACAAUGCCAAGCUGGAGAUGGUGCCAGUCUCUAAUAGAGUGGGAACUGGAAACACGGUUCGGAUCGCAUUACAGUUAGAUGAUGGCUCCCGUUUACAAGACACCUUUCUCUGUCAACAGACUUUGUGGGAACUUCUCACCCAUUUUGCAAAGAUCAGGGAGUUUAUGGAACAGCAUGGUGAAUUCUCUCCAGUCUGUAUUUACAUGCGAGAUGAGAUAUCAGGAAAAGAUGCCCUAGAGAAGACAACACUGAAGUCACUUGGCCUGACUGGAGGCAGUGCCAUCAUCAGAGUUGUCAUGAAGAAAUGCAGUUCAUCUGGUCGGGAGGAAGCUGUCAAUGCCACGGUGCAGUGUAAUGAGCUGACAGUGAGGCCAGGCUCUAUUGAAGGAGCAGUGGAUGUGCCCUUACCUCAAGCAAACACAUUCCCAAAGGACUUGGACCACAGGGAUGUGGCCAUGUCUUUAAACAGCUGCACAGACAAGCAAGACUCGAUUAGAGAAUCUCAUGCCAGCUUGGAGGAGCCGUGGCCUUCCUCAGAGCCCGAGUCUGCCCCAUUUGUCCCUUUUUUUGGAGAUGGACAACGUCUGGGGGACUCUUCUGUAGCUGUAUCAUCUCUUGGGUUAGAUACACCAUCUUCAAAGCUGCCAACAACUUUUUCCAGCCCUGGAGGCCCUUCUAAGCCAAAGAAGUCUAAGAACAGCCAAGAACUGCAAAAGGAGCAAGAACAG